AUCGUUUGGCUGUUGUCUCACUGUAUGAUUGCGUGACUGUCUGUCUCACUGUCUGUCCAUUGGAUCCAUUGAAACGAUGUCCCAAUUGCUGACAACUCUGAUGCGAAACACUCUGAAGACAUUGGUUGAGUCCAAUGGAUUUGACCGCGUCUUACAACAGGUGAACAUCACGAGCGCAUCCAAGGGUCGCAUCAGUGCAGAGAUGGUGGUGACGGAGGGGUCGACCAACUUCUCGGGUCGACUGCACGGAGGAAUGACUGCCACUAUUGUGGAUCAGUUGUCCAGUUUGGCGCUCACCGCAGCUCUGGUCACUGAUAGUGAACAACGGGAGCAACACUUCGCGAAAGUGAACAGUGUUUCACUCGACCUAAGCGUCCAAUUCCUAAGUGGUGUCCAAUUGGGAGACACUCUUCUCAUUGAAGCUAAUGCUCUGAAAUGCGGCAAAAAUAUUGCAUUUCUUUCGGUCGAUAUUUAUAAUAAGAAAAGCAAUCAAUUGGUGGCCAAUGGAAAGCACACCAAAUAUUUACUAAAUAAAUGAUUUCGCAUACAAUACUGUACUGUACCGGAAGGUUACCGGUUAUUCCGUACUGUAUGUGAUUGCUAUC